UUGGCUGGCUGAAUGAAUGACUUGCAAACUUCUCUAUCUAUUAUGCAUGUCAGUUCCUUUAGUGCGUUCUUGAUCUCAUUUCCAGGUAAGCACAGCUAAGAGAAAGCCAGACUGCAUCGAGACUGAGUUUCCAUUUGUUCAUCUUGGAGCCCCCUAAGGGGAGUCAAAAAUGGAGCUUAUUGGAUCCACUCUAACAGCUACAUAUGCUCGGCCAAAAACCAGUCACUUCCUCCCUGCCAUCUCCACCAUGGCAUCCAGCUAUCGCAACACCCAGCCUGCCUUGGUCAUGAAUCCCAGUGCCAACCUGUGGAGGACCAACAGCUAUUACAAGAGCAGCACUGUCCCAACCCCUUCUUCUAUACAGCGAGAGAAUUUAGAUCUAGUUCGAGCCAAGACCAUGUUCUACCCAUCUAACAGGACAGCUCUGUCCACCCGCUACACUCCUGACGACUGGUACAAGUCCAACAUAAGCAACUACAGGGAGUCCGAGUCGUCCCGGAAGAGCGCGGAGAGACUGAGGAGAGACACCAUGAGGCUGAUGCAGGAUAAGGAGCAGCUAACCAGACGAACCCAGGAGAACACCAGCAAGAACAUUGGCGAGCGGCUCAAUGACGUUGUGUUCUGGAGGUCUGAGCUGAGCCAUGAGAUUGACAACAUGGUGACGGAGAUAGCAGCUCUAAAUGAAGUCAAGAGGAGGCUGGAGAGAGCCUUGGCAGAGACUGAGGGGCCCCUUCAGGUGUCUCAAGAGUGUUUGUACCACAGAGAGAAGCGAAUGUCCAUUGAUCUGGUGCAUGAUGAUGUAGAGAAAGACCUCAUUAAGGAAGUGGAAGUCAUCAAGUCAUGUCAGGAAAGGAUGAGGCGACAUCUGGACAGAGCCAUCGCUCAGCUGGCGUCAAACCGAGCAGCCCAGCACGAAUUGGAAAGAGACAUGAGUGACAAAGUGACAGCUCAGAGGAUAGAUGACAGGUGUCACCAUCUAAGAAACACAUCUGACGGUAUUGGCUACUACAGAGGGAUUGAAAGGGUAGACCCAUCACUCUCUCUCCCGGACUCGUGGUCCAAGUUCACAGAUGAUAACAUCCUGCACUCCCAGAGCGAACGAGCAGCCUCCCACAAGCUCAGGGACGAGAUAGAGAUCCUGCUGAACACCACGUCCAACGACAUGUGGAACCAGUUCAACAAUGCCAACGUUGCCUUCACAAACCGCAUAUCAGAAAUCGCUGAUGCUAAGAACAGUCUGCAGACACACCUGGCUAAGACUCUGCAGGAGAUCUUCCAGACAGAGAUGCUUAUAGAGUCUCUCAAGAAGGCCAUCAGAGACAAAGAGAGCCCGUUGAAAGUGGCCCAAACUAGGCUGGAGGAGAGGACACGCAGGCCCAACAUAGAGCUCUGCAGGGACAACCCACACCACAGACUUGUGAGUGAGGUGAGAGAGAUCGAGGACACAAUCUAUAAGCUCCAGGAGAGGUUGAUGGAGGCUGAGAACACUCUGCAGACUCUGGUCAAGACCAAAGUGACCCUGGAGCAUGACCUGUCCAUCAAGGCCAACUCACUUUUCCUGGACCAGGAAAAGUGCAUGAGCAUGCGCAAGACCUUUCCCAGCAUGCCCCGUCUGGUGGGCUACACUUAAAUCAGGUCUUAGAAAAGGGAGUCUUUGGAUAUACAAUAUACUUUGCUACUAUUACGGUUUUAAAACGUUUGGGAGUGAUUUAGAGGGUGUUAUGGAUGAUUUGAACGCAAACAAAAUUACUUAACUUUACAGGCGCUGAUGUCAAAAUUUGAUUAUAAACAAUACAUUAGCUUAAUUUUGAGUGAUGUACCUGUAAUGUAUUGGUAAGAUGAAUAAAAAAAAGA